AUGCAACGACCGGAACGAAUAGCAUCACCGGUCAAUCGAACACCAUCAUUUGAGGUAAAAAGGGGCGUGGCUAUGUUAGAAGUUGGAGUAAAAGUAAAUAGCACUUACUUAGAUUGCAAUUCAUACAUCGCCGCCAUUAUCACCGUGUGAUUAUCCAACAUCUUCUCCACCUCCACCUCCACCACCACAUGGUGCAUUAUCACCGGCGAGAAGCAGAGGAAAUGUGCACGAGACGAUUUUGAGAGAGACUAGAGAGGUAGGGGAAUUUUUGGGGAAGGAUUUUGAGAUUUUAGAAAUCGACGAGGAAACUUUAGAGGUUUGAAUUUGAGAUUUUAUAGUUUUUUUUCAAAAAUUUAAUAUGCUUUUUUCAAAUUAAUUUUUGAAGCUUCUGAAAAAUUCUAGAAAAUAUCAAGUUUUUUGGUCAUUUGAAACAGGAUUACUUUCUGGAUUUUACAUUUUUUUUUCAAAAUUUUAGUAAUUUUAAUAGAUCAAAAAUUCCAGUAGAUGAAUAUCUCAAGCUUCUGAAAAUUCCGAAAAUUUUAGAAAAUUUCAAGUUACUUUUAGAAAAUUGCGCGCGCUGUUUGAAUUUAUUGAUUUUUUUAAUGGGCUUCCAUAUUUCGACCAAUACUUUUCGAAAUGUUCUGAAUUUUUGCAUCAAACUAGACUAUAGUUAAACUAAACUUAAUCUAAAAUAUCAGAAAGUGCCUAAUUUUGUCCAAUCAGAAAAAUCUCUAGCCUUCAAAAUUUUCAUGAAAUUUUCUGGUAGAUCAAAAAAAUAUUUUUCUCUAAAUCUCUCAAUUUCAAUUUUUGCGUUGAACUUCCUCGUUUUUAGUUUUUUUUUUCUCAUUUCUAAAUAGAUUUUUAGCUAUAAAAUUUUCAAAUUCCACAAAAACUUCUGAUUUUUGCAGUACAUGAUCCACACCUCUCGCCCAGCCCAUCAACCUCUCACAUCUCAAACCAUCGUCGCCCCAAUCGCCGAACCCGAAUCAACAUCAAGUCUUCGAACCGAAUCACCCGAAGUUUUCCCAAAAAGUAGGUAAACAUGUCAAAAAAGAGUUUCAUUUUCAAUUCAAAAUGAAAAAAAAGAUAAAAUGGGAUUUUCGAAAGAGAAAUUUUGUGCUCGAAUCAAUUUUCUAUUUCUAAUCUUCGAACAUCUUCUGGAGAAUUCUCUCACAAAAUCCAAAUCCCAAAAAUCUUCUUCAGAAGAGCAGACGACUACAGUAAUCGAUGAUCAUUUUGAUGAAGAAGUUGCUGAAACUGCGAUUGAUGACGUGGAAAAUUCAAGUCAAAUUCUUCAAGUCGAAAAUUUACAAACUGUUGCGGCUGCUGUAUCUACACAGUCUUUAGAAGAGGCACCGCAAGAACGACCGAUUGUAUUUCCAAUAACUCCAUUUUAUAGGAGAAAAGGGUUGGUUUGGGACUGUAACUAGAGUGUAGUUUCAUGUGAGAAAACUCUGAAAGCCCCCAUUUUAUAUGCGACAUUUUCGACAGCACAAAAAAGCAUCCCCGUGGCCGAGUGGUUAACACGUGUGCCUAGCUUUUGUGCAACCAGGGUUCGAGCCCCACCCGGAGCACAAAUUUUUUUCCAGCUCAAAAUUCUGCAAAUGCUCAAUUUGGCUGGGAAUUCUCUGCUCAAUUUUCUUCCUGCUUUUCCUUGGCUUCCUAAUCGCCUGGAUAGUCACAGCAAAUCAGUUCAAAUUAAUCGGAAACAAAUUAAAUAUUUGCGAAACCCGGCAAUGUAUCGAUAUGGCUUUUCGAAUGUCGUCGAGUGUUGAUGAAAACAUCGAACCGUGCGAUAAUUUCUAUCAAUAUUCUUGCAAAAAAUUCAAUGCCAAUGGAAAUUCACCGGAGAGUUUUAUUAGUCAGUUGAGAGAGAGUUCGGAUAAAUCGAUAAAUGGUGAGUGCACUUUUUUUUUGAAAAAUGCCUUGCUGUUGAUUUUUAACGCGGAAACAAAUUCUGAAUUGGAAAAAUUUGCAAUUCAAUUUUUCUAUAUGAAAAUUUUGAAACGUACAUUUUUCGGAUUACAAGACCAGGGUUCGAUCCCGCGCAAAAAAGGAAUUUUCAAGUACAGUAACCCGGCUACUGUAGAUUUGGGUACUGUACAUGUGAAAACGAAUAUUGAACUUUUUGGUCAGAAAAUGGUCAAAUUUCGGCUAUAAAUUUUUUUUGUGCCCCCAAAAAUAUUACCGUUCACAAGACCAGGGUUCGACCCCCACCGCCGCCUAAUUUAAUUUUUUUUAAAUUUUUUCUUUCAGCCCUUCUCUCAUCAUCCCAAGAUUCAAAAACCCUUCCAAAUUCCGAAAACCUGGCUCGAUCCCUAUUUUCGCAAUGUAUGAAUGCAAUUCAACGCUCGACAAAUUCUCCCAACGACCUUCUGAAUUUCAUCAAAAACUUCCCAUGUGGCCCGAUUCUCAAGGAAUGCACAAGUUUUCACGCCGACACCUACAGGUAUGUAUUUUUCCUGGAAAACUUAGCUCUGAAACAUAAAUGUGACCCCCCCUGGUACAAAAAAAGGGGGGGGGGGGGGGUUACUAUUUUUGCAAAAUCCUACUGCACAUUAUUUCUAAAACAUUUCUAGACCAGAUUUUCGUGCUGAAAACAACGAGCUUGCUGAAAAUGUGGUAUUUGAGCGUUUUCAAUCACAAUCAGACCACUACAGUAAUCUCUUUUUUGAAUAAAUAAAGCGAAGGGAGGGGAAAAUAGAAAAUAAGCACGUGUCACCGUUGAGUAGCGCAGAUUAUCUCGCACUAAUUAUUAAACAAACAUCAAUAUUUAUACUUUUUGGGGCGAAGGGAGUUGAUAUGGAAUUUUUAUGGGGUGGAGAUGAGAAAAACAAAAAAAUACAUGUUUCAGACCAAUUUUUCAUGCUGAAAACGCCCGAAUUGUAGAUGUUCAGCAAGCUUAUCGUUUUCAGCAUGAAAAUCUGGUCUAGAAACUUUUAAGCAAUAAUUUGGAAUAGAAUUUUGAAAAUAAGUAAGCCCCCCUUUUUGUAACAGGGGGGGGGGUCCCAUUUUUCUCCGGAAACAGGUUCUAGACCUAUUUUUCAUGCUGAAAACGCUCCAGUUCCAAAUUUUUAGCCAACUCAUCGUUUUCAGCACGAAAAUCUGGUCUAGAAACUUUAUAGUUUGCAAUAAAAAAAGUGCCCCCCCCCUUUUAAGCCAGGGGGGUCACUUUUCCUCCGGUAACCGGUUCUAGAUUAAUUUUUCAUGCUGAAAACGCUGAAAUACCUCGUUUUCAGCUAGCUCAUCGUUUUCAGCACGAAAAUCUGGUCUAGAAAUGUUUUUAUCAAUAAUUUUCAAUAGAAUUUUGAAAAAAAGUGCCCCCCCCCCUUCCUAAAAGCCAGGGGGUCACUUUUCCCCCGGAAACCGGUUCUAGACCAAUUUUUCAUGCUGAAAACGCCAAAAUUCUUCAUUUUCAGCCAUUUCAUUGUUUUCAGCACAAAAAUCUGGUCUAGAAACUUUUCUAGCAAUAAAUUGCAAUAGAAUUUUGAAUAAAAGGGACCCCACCCCUUUUUUUAGGCGGGGGGGGGGGGUCACAUUUUUCCAGGAAACCUGUUUCAGACCUAUUUUUCAUGCUGAAAACGCUUCAAAUACCGCAUUUCCAUCAUUUUCAGCACGAAAACCUGGUCUGAAAAAUUUUUUCUGUUAUUUUUCCAGCUGGGAACGUCAUUCCGGAAUGCUUGAUUGGUACGCGGGAGACAACAAUCUCAUCCUAUAUUCUCGCGAUGUUCAUCCACAAGACAGAUCAAAAAUCAUCCUCCAAAUCACACCUCCAAAUCUUCUACCCCUUCUCAACCCAGUUAUUCGCAAUCUUCUAACUCUGACACAACAAUCAAGUUCAGAAUUCGAUCCACUUCUUUCACUUUCAAUUCGUCAAAAUAUUCUAACUCCACUGAUUCGCGAUGAAUUUCUUCAAGAUCCUCGACACUUGCAAAAAGAACUUGAUGAAAUCGCUGCUCUUUUUGUCGAUUUGUAUCGUGCCACGUGGCAAUCUUCAAAUAUCACACCGAAUACAACGUAUAUGACGUUUGGAGAGAUGUUCAAAUCAAUGCCACAAUUGUAUUUGAAAGAGUUUUUGGAUGCUCAAUUGAGUUCGGUUUAUAAAUGGAAAGAGGAGGAUAUGUUAUCGAUUCAGGAUUUUGAUUAUUUUGCAAGACUUGUUGAUAUUAUGGCUAAGUAAGUUUUGGUGGAAUCUGUGAAAGCCCCCAUUUUAUAUGGCAAAUACCGAAUGGGUUCGCAAAAUGCCUCCGAAGGCAUUUUCGAAUGCCUCCGCAAAAUGCCUUCGCGGUACCAAAUCAAAAAGCCUCCGUGAAUUCAAAAUGACUCCGCGGUACAUAUUCCAAAAAUGUCGAAAUGCCUCCGGGGGUUUCAAAAUGACUUCGCGCCACCGAAUCAAAAUGCCUCCGCAAAUUCUAAAUGACUUCGCGGUGAAUAUUUUGAGACUGUCAAAAUGGGUCCGCGAAACAAGGCCUUUCAACACUGAAACAAGGCCUUUCACACUUUUUGAGCUACAAAUUUAAAAUGUUAUUUUCCAGAUUUUUACUAAGCCUUAAAAAAGGAGAAAUUUUUUCAAUAUUUUGAUUGUUCAAGUUCCAACUUUAGGCCUUGGCUUAGUUAACGUAUUUAAAUGUGGUUUUGAAUGUUUCCUGCACCUUUCUGGGCGUUUAACUAAGCCUAAGCCUAAUAUCCGAACUUGUAUAACCAAACUAUCGUCUAGGUUUCUAGGCUUAGGCUUAGUGAACGCCUUGAAAAUGAUAAUUCUCAUUGAAAAUCAACUUUUUAGUCAAAAAUGUGUUGAAAAGUACACCUUGUUCGCGAAGUCAUUUUGACAUUCUUGAAAUUUUUACCGCGGAGUCAUUUAGAAUUCGCGGAGGCAUUUUGAUUUGAUAGCGCGGAGUCAUUUUGAAGCCCCGGAGGCAUUUAGAUAUUUUUAAAAUAUCGAACGCGGAGUCAUUUGGAAUUCGCGGAGGCUUUUUGAUUCGGCAGCGCGAAGUCAUUUUGCGGAGGCAUUCGAAAAUGCCUCCGGAGGCAUUUCGCGAACCCAUUCGGUAUUUGCCUUUUAUAUGCGACAUUUUCGACAGCUGAAAAAAACAUCCCCGUGGCCGAGUGGUUAGCACGCGCGCCUUUUGUUCACAAAGCCAGGGUUCGACCCCCACCCGGUGCACAACUUUUUUUUCCAGAACCUCCCGGAAAACCGUGGCAAACUAUCUAGUUAUCAUAACUGCUCUAAACCUCGAUCAAUAUUCCUAUUCUCCACGAGAACAAUUUGGUUGGCGAGAAUGUGUUGAGCAAUUAUCAAAUUUAGAAUUGGUGCAAAAAAUGUAUAUUUCAUCAAAGAACAUUAAUCGCGAAAAAACCCAGGAUUUUUUGCAAAACCUGAAGACGAAUUUCAUCUCAACACAUCGAAGUACUCCCCUUCAAUAUCUUUCCGAAAUCAAUCGAUUAGCAUUUUAUGUGGGAUAUCCUGAUCGAUUAUUGAGUGAAGAACUCAUUUGGAAACCUGUCUCACAAAUAUCAAUCAAUAAUUCCGAUUAUUUUGAUUCGAUUAUAAAAGUGUCGAAAGCGGAGAGAGAUUUUAAAAUGCAACAAAUUGGAACAUAUUUGGAUAAUGAUGAUACAACACAAUAUCCAAUUACAAAACCUGAUAUGUUAUAUAAUCCACAUAUUGGGGGAAUUAUUAUACCUUUGGCGUUUUUGGAAGCACCGAUUUAUAUACCAGGAGAUGAUGUGCCAAUGUAUGGAAUGUAUUCGAGUAUUGGUAUUACUGUUUUGCAAAUGAUUUCGAGGGUGAGGAAAAUUUUUGAUGAAUAUAUUUUUUCUAGAAAUUCUAGAUAUCUUCAGAAUAAUUUUGCACUGAUUCCGGGCUCUAAGUACAUUUGAAUUCAGAAUUCGGGAUUUGAAAAAAAAAUUUCGAUUCAAUUCUAAAUUUUACCAAAACAAGUAAGGCUAAUUUUCAAGCUCAGAUUACUUCUUUAAAUUAAUUUUUUAAUCUUGAAUUUAGCUGAAGUUUAGUUAUGACGUGGCAACAUUUGAAGAUUUUUUUGAUGAAAAUAUUUAUCAUUGCUCAGAUUAUUUUUUAAAAUUAAAUUUUCUAAAUUUAAAGUUAACUGCUAUCUGAAGUUUAGUUAUGACGUGGCAAAAUUUGAGCAUUUUUUUAUUAAAAAAAUUUUUUUUGAGCUUCCAAAUAUUUUUGUGAAAAAUUUUCACGAUUGGAAAAUUUUGCCACGUCAUAACUAAUCUGAGCAAUGGUGGAAAAAUAGAUUUUUUGAACCAAUAUUAUCUGAGCAAUGAUGGUGAAUUAGAGUUUUCAAAAUUUUUUCAUCAAAAAUUUUCAAAUUUUGCCACGUCAUAGCUCAUCUUUGAAUAGCAGGUAAUUUUAAGAUUCAAAAAUUAAUUUAAAAAAAAAUCUAACUUCUUCGAAAAUUUCUCAAAAAUUUUCUAGUCUUCAGAUAUUUUCUAAAAUUUCAAUAAUCAGGGAGAAUUUUUUCCAGAUAUUCUGGCAAGGUCUCGACAAAUCAGCCCAACUUCAAUGCUUCGACAAUGUCUUCCGCGGUCUCCUCAAUUCCUCCCGCCAACGCGCAGCCAACAUUGAACCUCAACUUCUCGCAACCAUCGAUUUAGCUGACGCAUUCAAAACCACGUUGUAUGCUUAUACAAAAUGGCAAUCGGAUAAUAAUAUUCAUAAUGAGAAAUCAUUGCCGUCUUUUGAUAAUCAUGAUAGUAUGAGGACACUUAUGAUUUCUUUUUCGACGGUGAGGCAAAAAUUGAAGGAUCAUACCGUAUACCACCUGCGUAUCUAACUUGUCAAAUUUCUUCUCGAGUUAGAUGUGCAGGUAAUACCGUAAAAUUUUGAGGUUCUGGAAGUUUUUUUUAGGGUCUAGACUUUUGAAUCUGAGUUUCAGGGCGAUUUUCAGAUUUGAUACUGGAAAUUCAAGAUUUUCUAGAAAUUUUGGACCAAUUUUUCUGAAAUUUCAAAAAUUAAAGGAACAUACCGUAUUAGUUAGAUGUGCAGGUUCUACCGUACUUGCUUUUGUUAAAAUUUUGAGGUUCUGGAAUUUUUUAGGUUACCUACAAGACUUUUGAAUUUGAGUUUCAGAGGGAUUUUCAAAUUUGAUACUGGAAAUUCAAGAUUUUCUAGAAUUUUUGGACCAUUUCUUUCUGAAAAUUCAAAAAUUAAAGGAACAUACCGUAUCUCCUGCGUAUCUAACUCGUCCAAUUUUUUCUGGAGUUAGAUGUGCAGGUUCUACCGUACUUGACUUGGGUUUUCGGAAAAAAAAUGUUGCAGUUAUAUUCAAAAAACUCCGGAAUUUUUCAAAUUUAUACUCGAAAUUCAAGAUUUUCUAGAAAUUUUGGACCAAUUUUUCUGAAAUUUCAAAAAUUAAAGGAACAUACCGUAUUAGUUAGAUGUGCAGGUUCUACCGUACUUGCUUUUGUUAAAAUUUUGAGGUUCUGGAAUUUUUUAGGUUACCUACAAGACUUUUGAAUUUGAGUUUCAGAGGGAUUUUCAAAUUUGAUACUGGAAAUUCAAGAUUUUCUAGAAUUUUUGGACCAUUUCUUUCUGAAAAUUCAAAAAUUAAAGGAACAUACCGUAUCUCCUGCGUAUCUAACUCGUCCAAUUUUUUCUGGAGUUAGAUGUGCAGGUUCUACCGUACUUGACUUGGGUUUUCGGAAAAAAAAUGUUGCAGUUAUAUUCAAAAAACUCCGGAAUUUUUCAAAUUUAUACUCGAAAUUCAAGAUUUUCUAGAAAUUUUAGACCAAUUUUUUCUGAGAAUUCAAAAAUUCAGAAAAAAAUCCAAAAACUUUCCCGAAUUUUUUUCCGAAUUUUCAAAAAGCUCCGAAAUUUUUUAGAUUUUCUAGAAAAUUACCCAAUAAAAAUCUCUAAAUUCAAAAAAUUUCCAGCUUUUCUGCAAUGGCGAAGGUUCAGAAGCUGGAAGUGACUACGAAGCUAUGUAAGACCAUUUUUUCCAGUUUUCUUAAAAACCUUAUAAUUUUCAGGAUAAACUCAGUUGUUCAAACAUCUCGAAUGUUCUCAAUUCAUUUCAAUUGCUCAAAUUCGACACGAUUAUUCAAUCGAAAAACUUGUAUUUAA